GUUUAUAUGGCAAAGACGGGCUGCGUUCAUCUUCAGUUCGUCCACAUCGGUCAGCACGAUCGGAAUUUUCAAUUGCAAAAUUUGUCAAAAAAAGAACAACAGCUAAACAAAAAAGUUACUGGCGUUUCUUGUGUCAAUUUUUAAAUUAUUCGUUGCAAAAUGGCGCGUGCAGUUCUAUGCAUGCUCGUCGCUUGCAUUUGGUUGCAAUGCGCAUACUCUGCUAAGUUCGAUGCAGAGAAUCGACGAUUGAUUGUCGAUAUUAACGAUAAAAAGACAACGAAUCAACAAUACUAUUCCUCAAACUUUGACACAAGAAGCGGUAAAUAUAACGGAAAUAGCGGACGCUAUACCGAUGUUCCUAAUGGCAGAUACUAUCAUGAUGAUUCUGGUAAAUAUGUUCACGUUGAAGGCCCAACCGGUCCUCCAGCUCCCCCAUAUGUGCACGUAGUUGGACCCGAAGGCGGUUAUGGAGGUGAGGGCGGCAAUGGAAACGGCGGCGGUACCGGACCUAACGGCCCUGGAGGCCCCAAUGGACCCGGCGGACCAGGCGGCCCAAAGGGACCCAAAGGACCACCCGGCCCUCCCGGACCACCAGGACCACCCGGACCUCCCGGACCCGAUCGUGGCGGACCUAAAGGACCUAAGGGCCCACCAGGACCUCCCGGACCACCUGGCCCAGACCGUCCAGGACCUAAAGGACCUCCCGGACCACCCGGACCCGAUCGCCCAGGACCCAAGGGACCUCCUGGCCCACCCGGACCCGAUCGUCCCGGACCACCAGGACACGGUGGACAUGCUGACCUGAGCCCACCUGCACCUGGUCCAUUCAGCCCAAAGGAUCCCAGACAUUCGGACAAGGAAACUCCUGGCUAUUUGCCACCAGAUCAACCGGGUAAAAACGCACAAAAGCCCCCAUCUUCCUCACACGUCAUUCAGCCGAAUACUACACCAACUUUUAAGCCAAAUUAUGUUCAUAACGAUAAUUCAGUGCAUAAGUUUGAAAAGCCAACCACUAAGUCGCCACUAACCUAUAUUCCUCCUUCUUUCCCAAAUACCGCUCCUCCCCGUCAUGUUCCUGUGUAUCCCCAACCUCAACCAAUACAGCCAAAGGUCCCGGCUAUCACUAUUAAUACGGAACGACCAAGCCGUACAACACCAGUAAUUACGGGUAAUUUUGAUUUCCAUAAGACUGUACCACCACAACCUACAGUUGUAGUACAACCCAGACCACAACCUACACAACCCGAACGUCCUAUUAUUACAUUCAACACACCCAAACCGACUCCCAGAACACCAUCGACUGCUAUACCAGUCUACAAACCAUCGACUCCACGUCCAUUCCAGACGCCGUCGACAUUCAAACCCAUAUACGUACCCGAAACGAUCACGAACUCUGCACCUCAUUACGUACAGCCAAAACCGCAGCCACAGCCACAACCACGACCACAGCCACAACAAAAACCACAACAACCACAACCACGACCACAGCCACAACAAAAACCACAACAACCACAACAACGACCACAAGCACACCCACAACCUUAUCCUCAACCAAAUGUAACACCACGUCCAUCUCCCCCACUCUCCUCCCGCAGCGAAACCUGCGUUUGUAAAAACGAACAGACGCACUCAUUUACCUCCUCCUCCACCACCUCUAACUAUCCCAACCCGAAUCCGGCCUCGGUCGACUUUAACAAACAAUUCACCGGCUUCAAUGGAAACACGAAUUUCGGCAGCUUAACAAAUGCCAUGUCACUGAACCAAAUCCCCGUCGUGCCACAAGCACCUGGCCUGCCCGCCUUCUAUCCACCCGACAAGCUACCCAAGGGUGCUGUGAUCGCGUUCAUGCCAGUGGUUAUCCUGCCCCAGGAAUACUAUACCAACUGCGAGGAGAAUUCUCUACACAUCACUGAAAACAAAUACCAAACUGUUGAUCCUUUCCCGCUGGGCGUGCAGCCUGCUGCCAUACCGAAUGCCUUCAGUGUGCACUCAAUCUUCUCGGGGGAAUCACCGAGGGAUCAAUGCAUGUGCCCAUGCUCCUGCACACAGAACCUGAACAAAUCGUACAAGAAACGUGAAACUAAUGCUGAGGAUGCUGCUGAGGUUAAAGCCGCUGUAGAACCUGUAGCUGAAGCUACCACUGUUGAGGAAAUCAAGGUUGAAGCACCUGUAGAAGUUAAGGCUGAGGCGCCCGUCGAGACCAAGAUUGAGACACCUGUUGCUGAAGCUUCUACUCCCGUUGAGGUCAAGGUUGAAGCACCUGUCACUGGUGAAGAAACCAAGGUUGAGGCUCCAGUUGCUGAAGCUUCCUCUCCUGUGGAAGUCAAAGUUGAAGCACCCGUUGCUGAAGCCAAGGUUGAAGCUCCAGUUGCGGAAGCUUCUUCCCCUGUGGAAGUCAAGAUUGAGGCACCAGUAGCUGAAGUUAAGGCUGAGGCUCCCGUUGCUGAAGCUUCAUCUCCCGUAGAAGUCAAGGUUGAGGCACCCGUUGCCGAAGCUUCCUCGCCUGUGGAGACCAAGGUUGAAGCACUCGUUGCUGAAGCCUCCUCUCCAGUAGAAGUCAAGGUUGAGGCACCCGUAGCUGAAGUUAAGGCUGAGGCUCCCGUUGCUGAAGCUUCAUCUCCCGUAGAAGUCAAGGUUGAGGCACCCGCUGAAGCUAAGGUGGAGACACCAGUCGCUGAAGCCUCUUCCCCUGAGGAAGUUAAGGUUGAAGCACCCGUUGCUGAUGCCAAGAUUGAGGCUCCAGUUGCUGAAGCUUCCUCUCCUGUGGAAGUCAAGGUAGAAGCACCCGUAGCUGAAGCCAAGGUUGAGACUCCCGUCGCUGAAGCUUCCUCCCCUGUGGAAGUCAAGGUCGAGGCACCCGUUGCUGAAGCCAAGGUAGAGUCUCCCGUUGCUGAAGCUUCAUCUCCCGUGGAAGUUAAAGUAGAGGCACCAGCUACUCUGACGACCGAGAACGAAAAAAUCACCGAAUCGACCUCGAACUAGACAACAACAAUUAGGAACUUCUACAUGAAUUGGACGUCUGGACGUCACUGAAACUGAAAACUCUGCUCUAAGCCCUAGAGCAUCCCCCGCUUUCAACCCGAAUCCCAGCACUGCAAGCACCGCUAAUUCCCAACAGCACAUAAUCCCAGCCCGAAGCUCCUCAACUAACCCAGCUAACACAGCUUAGUCAUAAGUGUUUUUAGUAACGAGAAUACUCUCUCAACCAGGAAAGGAAAAUCAGAAAAUGGAAAGUAAAAAAAAAAAAAAACGAAAAAUGUUAGAAAAACAAAAAGAAAA